AUCAGAGGAUUUCCAACAUGGCGGUCCUGUACGGUAGGGAUGGAUGCGUGCACAGGUGUUUACUGUAAAACGAUUGACUAACAUUUUAGCGUGUAAAACAGCAAUAAUAAUAAUAAUAAUAAUAGUGCUUAAGAGCGAAAUAUUUGUUAACGAUGCCGUCCCCGAAACCUGUCAGAGCUAGCAACGCGCGCAGUAGCAGUGUUUCCGGUGUCGGCGGAGGCAGUAACAGCAGCAGCGGUCGCUAUGAGUUCAUGUCGCUGACCCGGACUCCUCCACUUUCCCCUUCGCCUCCUUCGCACCUCCUCCAGAGGCAGGGCUCGGACCCUACAACAGCGCGGCUCCGUGCCUCCGAGAGCCCGAGCCGGCGGCGCAGGGGCUCUGGUUCUUCCACCGCAUCCACGUCAUCGACCGGCGGCGGCGCGCAGCAGUUACCGGAAGAGGACUGCAUGCACCUGAACCCGUCCAUCGGCAGUGUGGCGCUGAGCUCUCUGCUCGCAGUGGAUCUGUGGCUUUCCAAGCGGCUCGGUGUGUGCGCAUGCGAGGAGUCGUCCUGGGGAAGCGCGCGGCCCCUCAUGAAGCUGGUGGAGGUCUCCGGGCACGGCAUACCGUGGCUCAUCGGCGCCGCCUACUGUCUAUACAAGAGCGACAGCGCCGCGGGCCAGGAGGUCAUGCUCAACCUGCUCAUGGCUUUGGUGUUGGACCUGGUGCUAGUGGCCAUGGUUAAAGCCCUGGUCCGUCGCCGGCGUCCUUCUCAUAACCGCAUGGACAUGUUUGCCACGUUCUCUGUGGAUCGCUACUCCUUCCCAUCAGGCCAUGCCACUCGGGCUGCUAUGUGUGCCCGCUUCCUGCUGGCACACUUGGUUCUUGCCGCUCCGCUGCGCGUGCUUGUCCUGCUCUGGGCGAUCUUUGUUGGCCUCUCUCGGGUCCUUCUCGGGCGUCACAACGUCACAGAUGUAGCCUUCGGUUUCUUCAUGGGCUACUGCCAGUACAACCUGGUGGAGGCGCUCUGGUUGUCACCGGCUACGCUACAAAGCAUGAUGGGUCUGCUGGAUUGAAGCUAAAAAGAGACAUAAUGAUCUUGAGACGUAAACUAUAGGCACUGUGAUAGGAGUAAUUCCAAAUGAUCACAAAUUUUUUUUUUUUGUUUGGUUGUUUGUCUUUUCACCUUGUGAUUUUGCCACGGUUUUGAAGCACGUCUAAUAACUAUUUGGAGGAUGAAUGUUUAAGGUAUUUAGAGGGGACUGACCACAUGGGUUGGGGUAAUAAUGAAUAGAUUAAGUCAUGGUCAGAAAGGAUGACCUUUGACCUCUCUCCUGACCGAUGCUGCUGUGCCCUUGUGUAAUUCCUGACUUCGCAAUCACUUGUGUAACAACAACUUUUACAUCAAAUAAGCAAAAAAAAUUCUUCAAAACCUUAAAAGGGACGUGAAAUUCACUGUUGUAACCAGUUAGUUGUAACUUUGUAUCACCUGGGAGACUAGAAAUGAAAAACGAAAUCUACUCCUUUCACAUUUGACUUUGUGUGUGUUGGACAUAAAUGUUCUGAUGUACCAAGCUGAUACUCUCUGUGAGCUUUUUCACAAUAUAAAGGGAUUCAUUACAGACAUGAAGCUGAGAAGCAUGCCUCCUCUCAGUAAUCAUCACAUGCAGUUGUAAAACUGUACAUCAGUUGAUCAGAUUAAAACUACAAAUUGGGAAAAUCAUUUAAACUCGUUUAAAAUCAUUUUAACGUUUGUGUACUCUACUAAAUCUGUGUUAUCUUUAAUAUUUAAGCAUGUGAAUUAUUGUGAACCUCACUGUAUUGUCAAAACUCUGUCAUCAUGACUGUGGUCAUUUUAAUGCGACAAAUAAUAGUUUUAAUACAUUAUUUUCUCAAACCACAUGAUGUUCUUAUGUAUUUUAACAUUUUAAAUCACUAAUCAUUUAUGAAGCUAGCGGUUUCUUUGUUUUUGUUCUUUUUAUAGAAACGGAUCGAUUGUAUAUCAUGCUGUUUUUUUACACUAAAAUUAUAUUCACUGUCCACUUUAUUGGGAACAGGACUGAUCAUUCAUGCAACUAUUAAGCAACACAACAUAUAUAUAUAUAUA